AUGGGAUAUAGCCACAUGAACUUUAUGGGCAAAAUUGCUGAUACUUUGGCUGAUGCUGGACAUUAUGUGGUGACUCUACAACCAGUUAUCUUCCCCUAUGUGAGUAAUGGCACUACAAAGUCUCACUUAAUCCAAAGAAAUGUGGAAGAGAAGUUGACUGCGGAGGUUAUGCGUGCACAUCAGCAAUAUCAGCCUAAUAUAUGGACCUCAAGCGCUACAAACCCUUUAGGUGUGAUUGGAUUUCUUCCAACUUUCAAGCGAAUAACCAUGACGACCGUGACAGGUAAGAAAAUUGCCGAAGAGGUAUUUCGAUAUGAUUUUCCUCAAAUGUGAAU